AUGGCCAUAAGAGGAUCUUCUAAAGAGGCUCCAUCCGCCUCAGAAUCAGAAGCGAAAAACUCAACUUCUCACAACAACAAUAACAGCACCAACUCAAGAGCUUCAACCAAAGCCAGAAACGCAGCAGCACAAGCAGCACAAGCGGAACUAUUAGCAAGACACAUUCAUUCAAAUGGUCCUAAAGAACAGAAAUCAGUGGAUCCAUUAAACUUUGAAUCGCUUCCUGAUAUAACGUUGAGAAAAUAUAGAGAUCAUUACAAUUUACCAGCCAAGAGCUCCUUGAGUACAGAUGGUUAUCUUCUAGCCUCAGAAAUAGGGAAGAAAUCGUACAGCUAUAAAAACAGAGAUAGAGUAACAAAACCAGAACUUGCCAGUGCUGUUAAGAAACAUUUCAUGUCCCAAACUGUGAAGGAGAGUGAAAUCAUCACAAACUUCAUAUAUAAGGUCAACAAUCAAGAUAAAGCUUUCAAACUAAACCUCAAGAAUUGA